UUCUGGGUUAAGUGUGCUAUGCCAAAUUAAACGUAUUGAUCUCCCCUUUAAUAUAGUAUGCGAAUUUUUUUAACAAAGUCUGUUUACGUCCUCCAUAAUGGAAAUAGUUUUUCACAGGUUAAUAUACUGGCGACAGUAACUAAAAACGCGAUAAUUUUCAUACAUGCCGAAUUUUGUGAGUUAGUAUCUGUAUUACUGCCAUCUUGCGAGUGCUUAUUGGGAACUCCACGCAGAUUUCCUAUUGUUAUCAAUUAAUCGUUAUCGUUUGCGAUAAUCGAUAAAACGGGAACAGAGAUAUUUAGAGCAACAACAACAACAGAUCGAUCAAACAACUUUUGAUUUUUAAGUUUAAAGUUUCUUUAUAUUCUUUCUCUCUUAUUUAAAACGGGAAUAAUUUGUAAUUAAAUUGAAAUUUUAUUAUUGAAUGGAUUCCAAUAUAGCAACUAGUUUCCACGCUUAUCACACACAAUGUGAUAAGAUCACAGUUUGCAUGGCUUGUCAGGAGAAAGCUUCAUUGUGGGCUUGUUUAUCAUGUGCCUAUGUCGGUUGUUCGCGCCAGAAGAAGGGCCACAUAACUUAUCAUUACAAAAACACAAAACAUAAGCUGACAAUGGAUUUGCAACAUAGCCUAAUUUGGGACUUUGAAAGAAAAUGUUUUUUGGACAAAAACUAUUGCCCAAAGACUGCCAGUAAAAAAACCCCUGCUGAGGUUGAAGAAUGUAAAUGUCCUGUUUGUCAUUACCAUCAGAUACCGAAAAUGACAAACACUCAGGAGGUAACCACUUGUAUGUCAUGCGAAUUAAGAACCGAUCUAUGGUUAUGCCUUCAAUGCAAUCACAUAGGAUGUGGACGUCAUCAACGUGGCCAUGCCCUUAAUCAUUACAAUACCAGCCAACAUGGUGAAGUAAUGCAUUUGCGAAGUUUCAGCAUUUGGAAUUAUAAUGAAGGAGAAUUUGUUCAUCGGCCUUACAAUGGGCAAGCGGAAUCAAAGCAAAUGGUAUCGCCUACUACGGUCAACACCAACGCCACCACCAACGCCAACGCCAAUACCAACACCAACGCCAACACCAACGCCAACCCCAACGCCAACACCAACACCAAAGCCAACACCAACGCCAACGCCAAUGCCAACAUGAACACUAACUCCAAUGACAAUGAUCUUGUUAUGGAACAAAUGCAAGACGGAUUUGAAGAACGCAUUGCCUAUUUGGAACAUGAGUGGAAAAACUUUGGCAAAUUAAAGGAAACCAAUCGUCAAAUGAUAUCUGUGGAACAACGCCUAAUAGCAUUGAGUGAGGAGAAGAAAUUGUUGGAAGGCAAAUUACGGGAGCAUGACACCAAAUUAAAUGAGCUGCUUAAUCAAUUCAAGGAAGCCAAUCUAAAUCCUCUACCUUCACCCUCAAAACUGGACAAUCGAUUUGAGUUUCCUUUAUCACCCUCCACCUGCUGCAGCGUUACUGGCCGUUCCAGUGACAGCAAGCCCUUGAUAUCCUUCUCUGUUUCGGACAAUCUAGAACAGACUCAAUUGAUAAUAUUAUUUAUUUUACUUUUAUUUUUCUAUCACUUUGUAAAUCUCUUUGUUCAAGCCGUUGCGGGAAAGGCCUAAAAUGGCACCUACUCGUAUAUAAAAUGGAUUUGUGAUGUUUAAUUUUUUUAUGUAUGAAUUAUAAGUUUUAGUUUCUAAAAAUUGUCGUCCUUAUUACCUUAUCGUCCUUUUUGUAGCAACAUUUAAUGUCUAUCUCUAAGAUAUUGUAAAGUGAAUGCCAAUAAAUUAAAAUUUCUUUACAAUUUU